AUGAAAGUAUGGCGAAUUCUAUCUGGUAAAUGCAUGAAGGUUCAGGAUGAACGCAUCAAAAUGGAAACACUGUGCUCAUUUUUACUUGGAAAAGACGGUAAUAGUGGUUAUUAUUUCAUCGGUCUAGUCGAGAACCGUAUUGAUGAGGAAAGGCGGGUGACCAGAAAAUUUUUAAACAAAUAUAUGGAUGAACCUGUUGUUGACGAAAACGGAUUACCAACCACGAAGAGGCUAGUCGCCAGUGGAAAAAAUCACAAGACUUUGUCAGCAAAAUCCAUAGAUUCCGAUAGUGUUGCAAGAUCAGGAUAUGAUCGUAGAAGUAAAGCACACUAUUUACGUUAA